AUGCUCAAAAGAAAACUAUCACCCGUAAUAUAUAAAAAAUCCAAACAUUUUAAAAAGUUUAUAGAAAAAACUAAACAAAAACUAUUGAGGCCAACUGACAAUCACACAGACAAUAAAAUAUCACUAACAACUCGAGUGACAAAUGAUGAGUGCAAUAAUAUAAGCGAAGAGCUUCAAAUGUAUGAUAAUAAUGGUUGUGAUUAUUUCAAAGUGAUGAAUACUAAAGAGGCCACAAUGUCAACUACAUGUGAUAACAACGAUGAUGAGGUUGCUGAUGAUGAUGAUGUUUUUGCUGACGACAAUAAACAAAGUGUUGCAAGUAGUUGUUAUGCCUCAAUUCCAACUGAUAAUGGCAGUGACAAAGUUGAGGCAGUUGAUGAUGAUGGUGCCAGUGAUUGUUGUGAUGAUAGCAAUAAUCACUCUAACAACAACGGAAAUAAUAAAAGGAGUUUACAUAUAAAUGACAACAAUACCAAUGUGGCCUCAAAUGAAAAUAAACAGAGUAACAAACAAAUUCUUAACAAAGAUUCUAAAGAAAAAGCAGCAACAACGUUGUUAAUAAGAGGAACAAACAAGAAUCAUCAUAAACUUUCCAAUAAAACCAAUGACACUGAUGGUAACCAUGAUGUUGUUACUAAGGAUGAUGAUGACGAGGACUACAAACAUGACGAAGACAACAAUGAUGUUGUUGACAACAACUGUAACGUUGACAAUGUUAAAUACAAUAAACAUCAUAAAACUUCUGCAACUCAACAACAACAACAGCAAAUAACAACAGUCACACAUGAGUCUUCAGUACAACCAUCAUCAUACAUGCCACUCCAAAUAAAACAAGAACGUUUGGACGACUCAUUUCCUUCCAUACUUUCAACAACUUCAUCUACUCCGGCUAAUACAUCUUCUUCUUCUUCAACGUCAACUGUAUCGUUGUUGUCAUUUGAAAAUUGUGAACAUCAUAAAAUCAAAAACUGUGAAAUUCAUCAGCAGCCACAAUCAUCAGCACAUGGUCACAUGGAUAUUCAAAAUUCCAUUGUACAGCAACUGGGCACUUUUGUCUCAAACUAUAGAGUGGGGGGAGUAAAUUAUGGUCGAAAUUCAACUGGUUGUAGCAGAGAAUCAACAACAACUUCAUUGUCCAAGUGGUAA